GACAAGCUCCUUGGUGCCAUUGGAAAUCUGGCUGCAACCUCGUUGCUCCAUGUCCACGACACUGUUCCCGUCUCCCAAGAUGAGGACAAGGACAACAAGGUGGUUGCUACCUGGGGAGUUCCUCGCAGCUUCGAGGGCAAGACCUACCAGGCAAACGGCUUCCGGCCGCACUUCGAGCUGCUCGAGAUGAUCGGCGCCGUCGAGUUCGACGCCGGGCUUGAGGUCGCCGGCCACCGGGGCUACUUCUUGUCGGGCCCCGGUGUGCUGCUGAACCAGGCGUUGAUCAACUAUGGUCUGGCCUUCCUCUCGCAGCGCGGCUACACUCCCCUGCAGCCGCCCUUCUUCAUGAAGAAGGAUCUGAUGGCCAAAACGGCAGAGUUGGCAGACUAUGACGAUGUCUUGUACAAGGUCAUUGAAGACAAGGAUCAUCCCGAGCUGGACAAGUACCUCAUCGCUACCUCGGAGCAGCCAAUCUCCGCGUUCCAUCGAGGUCAGACGAUCGACAAGACCCGCUUCCCGCUCCGCUACGUCGGCUACUCGUCCUGCUUCCGCAGGGAAGCCGGGAGCAGCGGCCGGGAUAUUCGCGGGAUCUUCCGGGUUCACCAGUUCGAGAAGAUCGAGCAGUUCGUGCUUACCGAUCCAGAGAAGUCUUGGGAGGAGCACGAGUCCAUGAUCGCCAUGGCGCAGGAGUUCUACCAGAGCCUGGGCAUUCCCUAUCGAACCGUGGCCAUCGUUUCUGGGGAGCUGAACAACGCAGCUGCCAAGAAGUACGAUCUAGAAGGAUGGUUCCCAGGCGACAACGAGGGGAAGGGCAAGUGUCGGCCCCAGUGGAGCUGGCUUUGGGAGGCUUUGGGAAAGCUUUCGAGUUUGGGGGUUUCCGAAACUAGGGGGACCUUCAUAUAG